AAUUCAUCACAUUGGAAUAAUAACUUUAUUUGUGGCUUUUUCUCUUUGCAAAAUUGUUGCAACAAGAAAAUGACGUUUGUUUUAUUUCAAGUAGUUCGCGAUUAUGGCAUCAAUAUCUACUAUCUCACUUCUUGUCUAUAUUGCGUCCACACGUUAGAAAGAGAUAGUAAUUAAUUUGUUGCGCUUAAAGUAUAACAGAAUUUCGUAUCAGCUGACAACCAAAGCAAAACAGUCGGUGCGCGACCAUCUUGUCAAAACUGGAGUCAGUGGCAACAAAUAAAAUAUUGUAAAAUGUCCUAAAUCACUUGUAAUGACAUAAAAUUAUAUUCGCAUCUAGUAAAGUAUUGUGUGUAGUUUAUUCUUGUGUUGUUUUUAAAGCGCGUACUAUACAUUUUACUCAAUAAUUUGGGUUUGUGUUGCGUCAAAUGACGUCAUGUGUGUGAUUAUACACGUAUCACUGGCUUGUUCGUAGUGGAAAAUGCACGAGCAGGACGGCGACGGAGAGCCGGCGCACCACGCCCGGCGGCCCAUGAACGCCUUCCUUAUAUUCUGUAAACGGCAUCGAAGCGUCGUGCGCGACAAGUAUCCCAAUCUUGAGAACAGAUCCAUAACUAAAAUCCUGGGGGAAUGGUGGGCCAACUUGGAAAAAGAAGAGAAAGCUUGCUACACAAGUCUUGCGAAACAGUAUAAAGACGCAUUCUUCAGCGCUAACCCUGACUUCAAGUGGUACAAGUUGCCCGCACCUCCUCUUCGCACUCUCUCAUCGCGGCCUCGGGAAUCGAAUGACAAAACUAUCGAGUCCCCCAACAACGAAUAUCAUGAUACUGAAUUAGAGAAAACAAAUAACAACUCCACUAAAGUUGAUCUUAAUAAAAAACCAUCAGAAAAUGCUAUUGACGUAGAAGCAAAACCGUUAUCUAUGUUCACGCCCGGCAAAUUGGCUGACGAAGCCCAAAUGGGAGGCCUCAGCAGUCUCCUUGCUACCAAGACUGAAAUUCAAACCCCAAAUCCAUACUACUCACCUCCUUCCUUUAAAUUUAACGCGAUCUCAACCACAGUAGAAAACCGAUCUCGUAAUAUUCUAGAACGGGUCGGCAUUAAAGGUAACAGAGAAGACAAUAUACGUGAGCUUCAGAAUGCUCUCACUGAAACCACUAGGAUAUUUGAAGAAGAUUUUGAUGAAACUGGUCAAAUAUACCACUACGGGACACCAAAUGAUCAGUUCACAAACCAGGAUGUUAUAGAUCAGAUAGUAGACAAGAGAUACUCGACUGACGACGGAUAUCAAAGAAAUUGGUCGGAUGAUGAGAAAUCGAAAUCCGGAAGGUCUUGCAAAGGGAAAAGGUACCAGGAGUUCAUGGCAGUUGGGGGACUGAUAGUGAAUAAGAGACAAAAAAGGGAUUUUCCUGACAAGAUGCCAGACGAGGGCUACAGCGCGUCCUGUAGCUGGGAUCCUGGCAGUUCACGUGAAGAGUCUUAUAUCGAAGACUCGAAACCGAAUUCUGUGAAUGACGUAACAACAGAAAACGAAGCAAAACCCGAAACCGAUGCUACUGAACCAGACAAUAAUGCUAACAAAACAUUUAAGGCUGCCGACUUUGAUUUAGAUGCUAAAAUUAGGGCCCUACCCUCCCUUAGUUUAGAGAAGUUCCAGCAAAAGAAACGCGAAAAUAAACGGAAGAAGAAAACAAUCAACUUGAAGCCAAAGGCGCUUGAAUCUUCCCAAAUAAUAAAUUCAGUGCCACGCCCACUUAUGGAUGACAGACGUGAAAUGGCCGAGAGGUGGCGCGAAAAUGUCAUCGGUAGCCAAAAGAGAAAACCGAGAAAAAUAAGCAUCACAAGGCUUGAGAUCAACAGCAUGGUGUCGAACGAUAUGAAUGGAGCACCUAAAACAAGCCCUGAUAUCAAAAUCGCAACUGAGGCACCUUGCACUGUGAUCCAAAAUAUGGAGAUCUGCAACCAAACGCCACACAACAGCGUCGACCUCCUCGCGCUAGCAACUUUAGCCGAAGUGGCAGCUAACACGUCCAAAAUAGAACACACGACCAUUGCGGAAAGCAUUGCCAAAGGGAACGACAACGCUUCCAUGGUAUAAAAUACCAACAAAACUAGCCUUAAAAGAUAUUCCAAAAAUUAUUUACUUUAUAAUCAGAUAAUAUUUAUAUAUAGAUCUACUUUUACAUGGUACGCAUAAAAUUAAUGUUAUUGUACACUUUUUAAUUGUAGUUUUUAUAAAUUAGAGAUAGAAUUAUUUAUAUAGAAAUAGAAAAGAUAUAUGUAUACUUGGGUUGAGUUCGUGUAGGCUAUGAAAUAUCAUAGCAGAAUACUGCUUUUUUAGGAUUAAAAAACUAAGGGUGAUAGAUAAAGUACUAUAAAAUAUCACAGGAAUAAAAAAAGCAUAAUCUAUUUUGCAUGUAAAAAGAGAAAUAUAAUAUGUCAGAAGUGAUUGAAAUUAAUUUAAUACAGUGUGUUCUAAUAAAUUUUGUCAAUUAAAUAAAAUUGUUCAUUAGAUCACGCUGUAUUUGCACUAAACAUCACAAUUUAAAAUUAUAUAAUAAAAUGCCAAAAAUAAGUCAUUGUAAAAUCAUAAACCUCAUUAUGUGUAAUAGGUUAUACCACCUUAAUCGCCUUAAUAUUUUAGAUGUAAAAUCUGAACUAAGACACCACGUGCAUAGACUGUUUUGCAUUUUUAAGGUGACUUUUUUUUGUUUUAUAGUAUUGCAUGUUUGCAGUCGUGUAAUUUUACUUAAGGCACUUGUACAGAUUUGUGGUUUUAUCACAAAUAGAGUUUAUAUAAAAAUAAAUUUAACGUUAAUAAAUUAACGUUUAUAAAUUAUAUAUCGUUACUGAUAUUAUUAUAUAAGAGAAAAAAUUAUCCGUUAAGAAAUUUGCAUGAUUUUAAUUGCAAAUAGUUUCCAAAUUUACAGUCCAUGAAUUUGUGGGUUAAACUUACAAUCCUUCCCUUGUGAUAAAUCUUUAUACUAGUGGAACAUCUAGAAACAAUUAAUUCUUAUCGUCACACAAUCUAACACUCGAUAUAAUAUGUUAAAAUAUUUAAAAAUCUAAAAAAAAAAUAUAUUUUUACUUUCGUCCAGUACGUAAAAGUUAUAUUGUCCCAAUUAGGUACCUGAAAAUUAUCGAAAAUUUUCAUCAAUUUCUCUUUUAAGUAAAUCAUUGCAUCAUUUUUAUUUUUAAGCUAUUUUAACAGUUUUUGCGGGCACCGUUUGUCUUUUAGUUACUGUUUCGUCCCAGAACAGUGUUUCUCAAAUAUAUUGUUUUUGUUAAUUUUGAUGAUAAAUAUUUUACUAAAGGGCUCUGUGAUUACCCUAUCUUCUAUGUUUUAGCUAUAUAGAAGAUGGAUGGUGCGAUGCUUUUGUUGCAGGUCUAGUCUAGAAUAGUAUUUUAAUAAAAUAAUCAAGUACUAAAUUCGAAAAGUGCACUUAUAUUGUUUAUAGUUACAAACAAUGACACAAGCCAUAAUGUGACAUGCUCAUCCAAAGACCAAAUGUAUUUAAUGUAGAGAAGCUAGGCUGUAAAGUUAUUAUAUAACAAUUAAUAUAUAAGUGAUAUAUAAAUAGUAUAUACAAUAAAUAUAUUUUAUAACCGCUAACAGUUGUGGUAUAUGCCAUUUGCCAGAUUUAUUGGUAUAUCUAUAUUUCUGUUUCUUUUGCGUUACUAUUUUAAAACUAAUUUCUAACUCAUGAAUGGCUUCGUUUAGUUUUAAUCUAAAAUUUUAUAAAUUGUUACUUUUAAAAUAAAACGGUAAGCUUUAUAAUGUUCCUUAUUUUGAGAUUUUGAUGAGCUUUCUGUGGGCUUCAAUUAUUAAAAUAUUCUUUCUUUUGUCAACUACUAAACACAAUUUUUGUCUCGUCAAAAUUUGAGCCUUAAUUUAUUGGAGAUUAGUGUUAAGGUAACAAUAACCAAGGGGGCCAGUAAACGCAAAAUGACUGGAAAAAUUUCGACAAACUUUUGAUAUAAACGGGGCGUAUAUUGCCAAUUAAUGUGUAUAGGAACGAAAUUAAUUUGUAAACGAAGGACGAUAAGCUUAUAAAAGAUAUCAAACUAUUCGAAAGGAUGGUUUUCUGUAAUAAAUGGUGCUGGAAGGAUCUGUAUUAGUUUUUAUCUGUUGCCCUAGUUUACUUUGUAGCAACGGAUUGAAAAAGUAUGUUAUAUAUUGAUUAUUUUAGGGCAUCGCAAUCGAUUUUGUGUUGUACAUAUUUGUUGAUUAUAAUCCAGUAAAUUUAAAUCGCUCCAUGAUUAUAGCACAACACAUUUUUGAUGCGACUUUUAAUUUUAUUGAGUUACGCAAACAAUAUCAACGUGAUGUGUUAUUAUCGUUUAAAUUUCUCCAUUUUGUUACCGUUAAGGAGAUAGAAAUAUUGUUUUUGUUGUAUUCAAAUUUGUUAUAUCAUAAACUAUGUUUUUAGAUAUAGAUAAAAAUUACCUUAACCUAUUUAUUAUUUAAUUGCACGCAAUUUGAAUAUCAGAUUAUAGUUUUUCCAUUGUUCUACAUUGAUGUUGUUUGCUUAACUAACUCAUAGGAAUAUAAGGGACGGUUAUUUGGUUUGAGAAACACUGGUCUAUGUAAAUCGUUAUUUAGGGCAUAAUAAGUCGACACCCAAAGUGUUUUGUUAGCUCCAAAGUAUUUUGUUGAAUGUUUUGUUACAGGCGAGCGUGGUUCAAUUUAUAUAAUAUAUAUCUUUGAUUUGUAGAAAUAAAGUUUAUUCAUAUU